AAAUAUGUUCGCUUCUAGUAACACACGGUUUUAACGAGUACCGAGGGAGAAAUCUGUGCACGCGAGUAUCUGUCACUGGGUUUCUCCACACAUACAGGGCUUUUUAUUCGAAAAAAUUCAUGAGAUAUUAUUUAAAUAGAGAGGUGAGCUAAUAUGGGUAAUGUAUUAUAGUGUUUUAAACGUGUUUUAAACGCUCAUAAUGCGAGCGCGCGCUCUCCCAGCUGUAAUUGAAACGAAUACAACAAGUCUAAACGACCGUUAAACCGACUCAGCGGCAUUAUGGCUAAGAGAAGCACUCUGUUCAUACGAAUUGUUGAAGCCAAGAACCUGCCCAUUAAGGACAUAACCGGGAGCAGUGAUCCAUACUGCAUUGUGCGAAUUGAUAACGAAGCCAUUAUAAGGACAGCAACAAUAUGGAAGACUCUGUCCCCUUUUUGGGGCGAGGAAUACAAUGUCCAUCUCCCACCGUCCUUUCACACCAUGUCCCUGCAUGUGAUGGAUGAAGACUCUCUCAGUCGUGAUGAUGUUAUUGGCAAGGUUUCGAUCAUUAAAGAAGCUCUCACUGCUAAGCCGCAAGGUCUGGAUGGCUGGUUGAACCUCACUGAGAUAGACCCAGAUGAAGAGGUUCAGGGGGAGAUUCACCUGCAGAUCUCGUUGCUAGGGGAUGGAGAUAUUCCAUGCAAACUGCGCUGUAGAGUUCUCGAGGCCAGAGAUCUUGCCAAAAAAGACCGCAACGGUGCAUCAGAUCCGUUCGUCAGAGUUAGAUACAAUGGCAAAAGCCAUGAGAGUGCAGUGGUGAAGAAGUCCUGCUAUCCACGCUGGAAUGAGAGUUUUGAAUUUGAGCUGGACGAAACAUUGGCCGAUAGCCUUCUCAGUGUGGAGGUGUGGGACUGGGACCUGGUCAGCAAAAAUGACUUCCUUGGAAAGGUCCUGUUCAACAUCAACAGGCUUCAGUCUGCACAGCAAGAGGAGGGCUGGUUUCGCCUGGGGCCUGACAAACCCAAACACAGCCAGUAUGAAGGCACUCUGGGCUCCUUGCGGCUGCAGCUGCGGCUCCGUGACGAGACGGUCCUGCUGUCCAGCCAUUACCAGCCACUCACUGAGCUACUGAGGCAGUCCGUUGGGACUCACCUCAAUGGCAACAGGCCUGAUCUAAUCAUGCUAAUCGAUGAGACAACAACCUCAGAGAACAGACAGGAAGUAGCCAAUAACCUGGUGAAGCUGUUUCUGGGGCAAGGGCUAAUUAAGGAGUUCCUGGAUGUGCUGUUCAAACUUGAACUGGAAAAGACAACUGAGCCCAACACGAUAUUCAGAAGCAACUCUUUAGCUUCCAAAUCCAUGGAAUCAUUUCUAAAGGUGGCUGGAAUGCAGUAUUUGCACAGGCUUUUGGGGCCCAUCAUCAAUCGCAUUUUUGAGGAGAAAAAGUAUGUGGAAUUGGAUCCUAAUAAGGUGGAGCUGAAAGAGGCAGGGUGCACGGGUCUUCAUCGUCUACACACAGAAGCCGACGUGAUUCAGCAGAGCUCUAGUCUCCUCCAGUCGUACCUCUCUGAGCUCCUCACUGCUAUACUGCAGUCAGCCUCCUACUGCCCCCUGCUGCUGUGUCAGGCCUUCCAGCAGCUCUACCAUCGAGUGCAAGCACGCUUCCCAGAUCCAGAGUACAGGAAAGUGAAGUUCAUUGCCGUGACCAGCUUCCUGUGUCUGCGCUUUAUCUCUCCUGCCAUCAUGUCUCCCAAGCUCUUCCAUCUGCGGGAGAAACACGCAGACGCCCGGACCAGUCGUACACUUCUGCUGCUGGCUAAGGCUGUACAAACCAUUGGCAAUCUUGACACCCUGGUCUGCUGCUCCAAGGAGCCAUGGAUGGUCCCUCUGCAGCCCACCCUCCAACAGGGCAUCGCCCAGCUCAAAGACUUCAUCAUUCGUCUGGUCAGCUGCCAUGACUCGGAAGAUCUUGGUAUACAAACUCGUAUGAGUCUUCAGUGUGGCACAAUGGAGAAAGAAGGCUUCCUUUUCCUCCAUAAGACCAAAGACAAGUGCAUGCCCAUGACCUCUCCCUUUAAGAAGUACUAUGUAACUCUCAGCAAAGACACUCUGUCUUAUUCACGGACGCAGCAUUCCAAGAAGAGAUCAUUUAUCUCCCUGCCGAAGAUCCGGGCAGUAGAGAAGGUGGAGGAGAAGUGCUUUGGCAGUGCCAAUGUUAUGCAGAUCAUCUCUGGUGAGGAUUUUUGCCAGCAGGAGACUCUCUAUCUGGACUGCAAGAGUGUAAAUGAACUGAAUCAGUGGCUUUCAGCUUUAAGAAAGGCAUGCAGUCACAACACCAACACAAUGAGCAGCUAUCACCCAGGCAUCUACAAAGCAGACAGAUGGAGCUGCUGCCACCAAAAGGAGAAAACAGAUCCAGGCUGUGACAAGACCAGACAUGGCGUCACCCUGCAAGAAUGGUAUGACCCACUGGAUCCAGACUUGGAAGCUCAACUGAUUUACAGACACCUAAGCAGUGUCCAGCACAUCAUGAGAGAUAAGUAUUAUGAACUGAUAAAGCAAGAAGAUGCUGACGAACCAGACAAAGAUCCUAAGGUGGAUGGAGUAACAAGACUCUUCGAGAUUCUCCAGGACCUGCAGGACACCCAUGCAGCAGUAGAGGAGAAGGAGCGUUUGAAGAAUAAGAAUGUUUUCCUGGAGUUACAAACGUAAACGAAGGAGCAACAGAAGACUCUGGUGCACAAGGCCUCCAUUACUUUCAGUCAUACAUUGACUUUAUUCACAGGGUUUAUAAUGUAAACCUGCUGCUGAGCUGUAGGUCUCGGUAAAACAGAGUUUUGACAGGUUUGAGGCUCUCGCAGGUUUGCUGUUCAAGGUAUUCAUUUGAGGUUGUUGCUGAGUUUUCUGAUAUAGAAGGCUAUUACCAAAAGCUCUUUUCACACAUUAUUUCCAUUGGUGUACAUUCAGAGUAUAUCCAUUAUACAUAAACUUCUUUAGUGAAGUAGGAAAUGAGAGUUUCCUGUUAUAAAUGAUUAUGUAUUUUUAUAGGAAUGAUUAGCUUAUUAUUCUUGCUCAUGCGCACUUUAUCAAGCUUCUGUUUUUAUAAUGCUUUUAGUUCCAUUUUCCAUUGUUUGUGACUGGUGGUGCCAUAAAUCGUUGUGAUAUUUGAUCAAAAUGCAUAUUAUAAGCUUUUCUUUGUAAAGAAGCAUAGAUUGCUUUUGGAUGUUUACAGAUCAACUUUGGAUUUUUAAAAGAUUAUAUAUUUUCUGCUCUUAUUUAGUAGAGGGAAACAAAUGCAUUUGCAUAUCUAUUUGCCAUUUUUAUGUAUUUUGCAGUUUUACACUUUAUUCAUGCCUAGUUCACACUAUGUAUUAAUGUUCCAGUUUAUAGUGAUGUUAAAAACACACUGCAGAAAUGAAGAUGCCUGUCUUGAGCUGCAGCUGCGUCUUAGUGGGGGUUUACAGGCACACAUUGUUGGCUGCCCGAUCUUGUUGUGUGCUCCCUAACCAACUGUGUAGAUGCACAACUGGUCAGUAAAUCAGUGCAUGAAGUAGAGGCUGUGCUGGAUAUUGGCAGUAUCUGUGUCUCAGUAUGAUGCAGCAUGAUACAAUAUAGUGCCAUGCAUGAAAAUCGUUAUUCUUUUCUCUUUUUUAUGGAAUCAGUUCUAGAUGAGCAUUUUUGUAUGUGAUUCAGUUGCCCCAUAAAGCUUCAUGAUAGGGAGAGUGUUGUCGGUCACAUGACAAACUCGUAAAUACUACUGUUUUCUUUGUAGAUCAGAUACACGUUUAUGCAUUAAUGCAAACUUAACUAGCUCUAUGUGCAAUAUGUUCAACUUUGAUGAAUCAAAUCAUAUCUAAUUAUUUGAAUUGUUCAGUUAUUUUCACAUAAAAGUAAAUGAAAGUUUCCUUUACGAUUACACAAAAGGUUAAUUUUUUUAUUUAUUUAAAUAUUGUUUGAAUAUUUAAAUAACUGACUUAUUUUAUUAAUUGUUUUAUGUCAAUGAAAAGUAGAGCAUUAUGGUAGACAUCAUGGUUUUAGAGAAGUGGUUAUAAAUGUAGUUGAUGUCACGCUAAAACCUUGUAUUUCCAUUUUUGUCAUUUUUCCUUUUGUGAAAUUUUAAAUCUAAUAGUUCAGUUCAUGAUAAAUGAACCUAUAGAAAUGAAAGUAAUCAGGAAUUAAAUGUUUACAUUUUUACAUUGACUUUCAUUAAGAGUUAAGAAGGUUGUGCAUGACAGCUGCAACAUUUUCAUAUUAUUAAAUUGUUAGAAAAGUCAACACAUUUAUUUAUUUAUUUUUUAUCAAAAGGAAUCAUUUGACAAAGAAUUUUGUUGAUAUCCACAGCCAAGUUUAAUGAAAUCAAGAGUGUUGCUGAAAGGAAAAAUGGUGACAAAAAUAGCCCUUUAAUUCAAUAUAUGUGAAAGCAUUCAUUCAAAUUUCAUAGACCUCUAGAAAGUGACCCCUAAAUCCUACUCCAGUUCAUUGUGAAUGCUGUCAAUAGCAUUCCCUCUAGACUUUAAGGCACGUAGUAAAGGCAGUUUAUUGGCAGCUGCUGACGUCCCACUCGGGACCCUCCCCUCCUCCCAGCUGCACUCAGUAUUGAUACAGUUAUUAAUUAUUAAAAUCUCUAACCACGUCCUCGUUAAGCAGGUCUGUACCUACUGUUGACAUGCUUUGUCUUGUCGAAUGUCAGUUCUGUAUGUUGUAUUACAUGUAUUAUAAACAUAGACGUGUUGUACUGUU